UUAUUGUUCACCUAUCCUCCAAUUUUCUAGUUUCUCAUACUUUAGCAUACAAAAAAAUGGCUCAAAUUCUAAAACUUGAGGUCCAAUCAGAGAUUCAGUCCUCUGCGGAUAAGGUCUACGAUAUCUUCAAGCACAAAAUGUACCUCAUGCCGAAAAUCUGCCCUGAACUGGUGACAGACGUUAAAGUUGUCAAGGGUGACUGGGAGACUGUGGGCUCAGUCAGGAUAUGGAAAUAUGUUGCUGGACUUUCUGAGAAUGCCUCGGAGACCAUAGAGGCUAUUGAUGAUCGAAACAAGUCAAUCACUCUCAACGCAUUGGAUGGUGAUAUCACGAAAUAUUACAAGACUUUCAAGGUUAUUGUUACUGUCACGGCUAAUGGUCAAGGAAGCUUGGUGAAAUGGACUUUGAUGUACGAAAAGCAGAACCAGAAUAUCCCUGAUCCUGAGAAGUACAUAGAGUUUGCCUCUGCUAUUACCAAGUCUGUGGAUGCUUACCUUCUCAAGAAAUAAGAGAUAGAAAUGUGAUUGUUCAACAAAAUUAAGCUGCCCUAUCUUUUUUAAACUCUGCAUAUGUAACCAUGCUGAUCAAACGAAGCCCUUACCAUAGAGCAAAACUAUGCUACUUUUCAUCUUGUAAAAUAUUGUUCAAUCUAAGGUCUUAAUUUGAUGCAUGUCUGUAA